AUGAAUCGACAACGAGAGGCCGAAAAGGCCUUACACGAUCAAACCAAUAUUCUACCAUUUGGGCAGCUAAUGGUGGUCUUCACAGGCCUGGCAAUCUCAUUACUUAUUUGCAUGGUGGACCAGAAUGGUAUCAGUGUGACAUUACCGACGAUUUCGCGCGAAUUGAAUGCCGAAAAUACUAUCUCAUGGGCUGGAACUUCGUCCCUGAUUGCAAAUACUAUGUUUACUGUGCUUUACGGCCGACUGUCAGAUAUCUUCGGUCGAAAGAUUGUAUACAUCUCCGCGCUGGUGUUACUUUGUAUCGCAGAUCUACUCUGUGGUCUGUCUGUGAACCCAGCCAUGUUCUACGUCUUCCGAGGCUUGGCUGGUGUAGCCGGCGGUGGUGUCACCUCUUUGACGAUGAUUAUAGUAUCCGAUAUUGUUACGUUAGAGAAGAGAGGCAAGUACCAGGGAAUUCUGGGUGCGUCUCUAGGUCUUGGAAAUAUCAUCGGACCUUUCCUAGCCGCUGCAUUCAUUAUGCGUUCAACAUGGCGUGGCUUUUUCUGGCUGAUCUCUCCAUUGGCUGCUUGCUCUGCCGUUGUGGGAUAUUUCCUCAUCCCGAACAAUGCGCAUAAAGAUAGCUUCCGGAAGAACAUUGCCCGUAUCGAUUGGUUCGGCAUUCUGGCAUCUUCAAUUGGAAUCAUCUUUGUGUUGAUUCCUAUUUCAGGAGGUGGAUCAUAUUUCCCAUGGGACUCACCGAUGGUCAUCAGUAUGCUGGUGAUUGGAGGUUGUGCAUUUAUCGCGUUUCUGUUCAUUGAAUGGAAAGUGGCCACACUGCCGAUGCUGCCAAUUGUUUUUUUCAAGAAUAAAGUCGUCUCUGCAAUCUUCCUGCAGAGCUUUUUGUUUGGUGCAGUAUACCAAGCAAACCUCUAUUACCUCCCACUGUACUACCAGAACGCCCGUGGCUGGUCGCCCAUUGUCUCCGCUGCCCUGACAUGUCCAAUGGUUGCAGCGCAGUCCAUCUUCUCCAUUACAUCAGGCCAAUACAUCUCACGUAUGAAACGCUAUGGAGAGAUCAUCUGGAUAGGAUUUGGCUUGUGGACUCUGGGCUCCGGUCUAAUGCUCCUAUUUGGCGAUCAGACCCAUCCUGCUGUGAUUGCAGUCAUCGUGGCAAUCAUGGGUAGUGGAAUCGGUUUCACCUUCCAACCCACUCUCGUCGCUCUGCAGGCUCACUGCACAAAGUCUCAAAGAGCAGUUGUAAUCGCGAAUCGCAACUUCUUCCGUUGUCUGGGAGGUGCUUGUGGUCUCGCCGUAUCCGCUGCUCUUCUUCAAGCGACUCUUCGGUCUAACUUACCCGCAAAGUUUUCAUACCUGGCCGAAUCUUCAUAUUCGCUUCCUUCAAAAUCGGAACUCAGUGCCGUUGAAUGGGCUCAAAUCUUGCUGGCUUAUAGCAAGGCAUCUCAUUCAGUCUUUAUUCUACAGGUCCCGUUGAUUGGCAUCUGUUUCCUGGCAUGUUUCUUCAUCCGUGAUAGAGGCCUGGAACGGCCCAAGGAGCCAGAAGAGAUCGAGGAAGAAAAGAGACAAGCACAAGCGGAGAGGGAUGCUGAGGCUGCUAUUCCUGAGCAGCCCUUGGAAGAGGAGGCUCAUCAUCAAACACCCGAGCAUAUUGAAAAGCGUCCAUCUAUCUCAACACUUGCCGAAUCAUCGAUGCCACCUUCCCGCGCAGAGCCAAACCUCGAAGAAGUCGAAGAGAGACAAAAGCACUGA